CAAACUUUUACUUAUUUUUCCUCUCUUUCUCUGAACUUUUUUUUAACUCCAUGAAAUUAUUGAUUAUUGUUCAUCCAAGUGAUGGCUUCAGUUGGUUCUCUUCAUGUGUACCAUUCUCUCCUCUUUCAUGGCGGAGCGAGCAGUGGGAAAAGGCUCGCCUUUGAUCCUUCUCGCUUGCAGUUGCAGAGCACUGGUGAUCUUUGUGGAAGUGUUUGUGGAAUGCGAAUCGGAAGAGGUGUUGGCAGUGGUGUUUUGAUUGGGCGGAAGGAGCGCAGAGGUCUGGGAGUUGGUAGGAAAGAUGGUGGCUUUGAGAUCGAGGAGGAUGAUGAAGAUGGAGAUGAAAAGGAUGUUGCCGAUGAUGCACUCCGUGCCACCAUUAGAAAAAGCAAAAAGGUUCUCGAAAAGCAGAAGAAUUUGCUCGAAAAGAUUGUGGCAAGUAGGAAGAUGGUUUCAUCCUUGGAAAGUAGUGUUCUCAGCGGUCAGCCGGGGACAGAUUCUUAUGACGGGAAUGGCACUUCUUAUUUGAAGGUGGGCCAAACAACAAAUGGAGAAGCACUUGAUCGAGAACACGAGAGUGUUGUUAGUUCUGAUAAUCAUACCAACUCGAAGAUUACAGGUUCUGCAACUAUGAUUGAUGGAGAUCUUGUUAAGGAAGAGAGGAAAGUCAAAACUAGAUCUCAAGCUGAAUCCUCAAUUGCACAUGCUCCUGGAUUAGUUAAGAAAGAAGAUGGUUUGAAAACAGCUUCGUCUAAGGUUACAACAACGCCUGUUUUGGAAACCUCCAAAUCUACUGGAUUCAAAGGUGCUACUAAAUUCAAAGAUGAAACACUUAAGGAUUUGGUAGAAGCAGAUGUUGACGUUGUGGAUGGGGAGCAUGAAAUCACUCCAGAGCAAGAAAAAGAGGAAUCCCUUCCUUUGGCUGGGGUGAAUGUCAUGAAUGUUAUAAUAGUAGCCGCAGAAUGUGCUCCUUGGUCCAAAACAGGUGGGCUUGGUGAUGUUGCUGGAGCAUUACCAAAGGCUUUGGCUAGGAGAGGCCACAGGGUUAUGGUUGUGGUGCCACGGUAUGGUGAAUAUACUGAACCUCAAGCGACUGGUGUACACAAACAUUACAAGGUUGAUGGACAGGAUAUGGAUGUAACUUAUUUUCAUGCCUACAUCGAUGGGGUGGAUUUUGUUUUCAUUGAUAGUCCUAUUUUUCGCCAUCGACAGAAUGAUAUAUAUGGUGGAAACAGACAGGACAUUUUGAAACGCAUGAUUUUGUUAUGCAAAGCAGCCAUUGAGGUCCCCUGGCAUGUUCCAUGUGGUGGUGUCUGCUACGGAGAUGGAAAUCUGGUUUUCAUUGCAAAUGAUUGGCACACUGCCUUGUUACCUGUUUAUCUGAAGGCCAACUAUCGUGACCAUGGCUUGAUGAAGUAUACUCGAAGUGUGCUUGUGAUUCACAACAUUGCUCACCAGGGCCGGGGUCCUGUAGAAGACUUCUCCUUUACAAGUCUACCUGAGCACUACAUCGAUCUGUUCAAACUCUAUGAUCCAGUAGGAGGCGAGCACUUUAAUAUAUUUGCUGCUGGUAUAAAAACCGCUGACCAGGUUGUUACUGUAAGCCGUGGUUAUUCAUGGGAACUGAAAACAUCGGAAGGUGGCUGGGGUCUUAACGAAAUCAUAAAUGAGAAUGAUUGGAAAUUUCGAGGCAUUGUAAAUGGUAUCGAUACUAAAGAUUGGAACCCUGAAGUAGAUAUACACUUGAAGUCAGAUGGGUACACAAACUAUUCACUGGAAACCUUUAAAACAGGCAAAGCCAAGUGCAAAGCUGCGUUGCAGCAAGAGCUUGGCUUGGCAGUCCGUGAAGUACCAAUCAUUGCAUUCAUUGGGAGGUUGGAUCAUCAGAAAGGUGUGGAUCUCAUCGCUGAGGCUAUGCAUUGGAUUGUUGGCAAUGAUGUGCAAGUGAUAUUGUUGGGAACUGGAAGACCAGAUCUAGAAGAAAUGCUGAAGAAGUUCGAAAGAGAGCACCAUGAAAAAGUUCGAGGAUGGGUUGGCUUUUCUGUGAAGAUGGCGCACCGGAUCACAGCAGGCGCUGAUAUUCUCAUGAUGCCAUCGAGGUUUGAGCCUUGUGGACUGAAUCAGCUCUAUGCCAUGGCUUACGGGACAGUGCCCGUAGUGCAUGCUGUCGGUGGACUUCGGGAUACCGUGCGUCAGUUUGAUCCUUACAGUGAGUCUGGAUAUGGUUGGGCUUUCGACAGAGCUGAGUCUAAUCAGCUAAUCAAUGCCUUAGGAAAUUGUUUGAAGACAUAUUGGAAUUACAAGGACAGUUGGGAGGGACUCCAGCGGCGGGGAAUGACGCAAGAUCUCAGUUGGGACAACGCUGCUGUGCAGUAUGAAGAAGUUCUUGUUGCUGCCAAGUACCAAUGGUGAAUGUCAACAAAAUAAUCACCAGACCUGGAUCCAAGCUACCGGUUUUUACGUACACUUAAUGAUCGAUUUUGUUCAUUUCUGUCGAUUGUAACCCAGGUUUCAAGUCACUUGUCCGAAGUUAAAUAUUUUGCGUAAUAAAUUCCGCGGGAGAGUUUGUUUGUUGUCAAUGACCCAUGUAAAAUACACUGGUUUGUGAAUUAUUAUCAAUCUUCUUGCAAUUCAAUCAGAUUAACUUUUCCCG